CCAAGCAAUCUGCUCCUGGUUCCUCUUGCAGAUCGGUCCUGUGCUGCGAACGUGUCUGCGCAAGCUCUGUUUCUGGUGACCCGUCCAUCCGCCGUCUGCGCUCACCGCCCCGUCGCCUCGCCGCACAUCGUACCCCCGAGUCCACCAUCGCCGCCAUGUCCAAAGCCGGAGCCAAGGCCGUCACAUCGUUCCUCAAAAUCAUGAUCCCGGCCGGCAAGGCCGCACCGGCACCUCCAGUCGGCCCGGCCCUUGGUCAGCGCGGUGUCAAAUCCGUCGACUUUUGCAAGCAGUUCAACGACCGAACAAAGAAUCUCGUCCAGGGUAUCCCGAUCCCGACGCUCAUCACGAUCAAGCCCGAUCGCACCUUCACCUUUGUCUCCAAGGCCCCGCCCACGUCGUGGCUGCUCAAGAAGGCCGCCGGUGUCGAGAAGGCUGCCUCCCGGCCGGGCGAGGAGGAAGUCGGCUCGGUAUCACUGAAGCACAUCUAUGAGAUUGCGCUCAUCAAGAAGAGCGACCCGGGCUUCCAGGACUCGGACCUGCGCCAGGUCUGCGCAUGUGUGAUCGGACAGGCCAAGGGCAUGGGCAUCAAGGUUGUGCUGUGAGCGAUUCGGCCCAGCCUUGGUCCGCGCGCUGCUUUCUCGACACCGAGACGGUCUCUUCCCACGAUCUCUCACCGCCCGGCUCCAUGUCUCUGUGACUCUGUGAGUCGCCCAUCAAGCACAGAUGCACUCGCCCAGGCAGCCUGAUUGUCUGGGUGCUGCUCUGCGAUCCAGGUCGAUCCCGUCUCUCCUUACUUUGCCCCUCUCCGCUGCACACACCUCUGCCGUCGCUCGGCUCUCGAUUCCACUAAUAUAGCUCAUCAUGCAAAAGCGA